CAAGGUCCAGCCUACUUGGUUGAAAUCCGACACUGACACAGAGUCCCUGGGAGCCGCUGCGGUUCGCUCAAGCGGGAACCAGGAAAUGCGCAAAGCUCUUUAUGUCUGAAAACCAGCUGGCCUCCCUGGGAGACACAUCCGCCAUGGGGAACAGGCUGUGCUGUGGGGGAAGCUGGAGCUGCCCAUCAACUUUCCAGAAGAAAAACAAAACAGAGAGCCAAGCAAGACCCACACUGAGCAUACUGAAGCAGCAACAGCUAUUGCAGAAUGGCACAAAGGACUAUGAAACAACAGCACCAAUGUAUGAGCAAGUGUUACACCCGCCUGUAUCUCAAGAGAAAAGUUCAGAUUCCACACCGGAGGAGAACAACUUACAUUACGCAGACAUUCAUGUGCUCAGCCAGACGCAGCCAUCCUCUCGGAAGAAGGUGAAACACCUGCACUCAGAAGCCGCUACCGAGUACGCCACCCUUCGCUUCCCCCAGGUCACACCUCGUUAUGACAGCAACAGUGGAACCCUGGUGUGAGCCAUUGGGAGAAGCGCCGGUUUCCAUAACGCUACUAUCCUGUGGGAACAGUCUACUGUGUUUGAGAACAGGGAUGGUGACCACGUUUUAAUCCAAAGGAACACCAGAACAUCGGAGUUAUGGGUCCUCCUACUCUCUCCACUAUGACUCUUUUGGUUUGCCACUGUUAUCAUGGAGUUGUGGGUGAGCUGAGUUCCAAAAAACAUUUAAGUGCACACACACACACAAAGGUUGCCCUGUGACCCCUAAACAAUAUUUGAACUCUCAAAUGCACUUUGAGAUAUUUGAACCCUCUAUGCACUUUGGCUGUUUUCUGAUAGGAUUUAUUUAAUUAUUUAUUUGGGCUUUUUCUUUUCUUUCUUUCUUUCUUUCUUUUCUUUCUUUUUUCUUUUUUUUUUUUUUUUUUUUUUUUUUUUUUUGAGAGACAGGGUCUCUUGUCGCCCAGACUGGCCUGGAACUUGCUACAUAGCUGAGGAUGGCCUUGAAAUGAUGUAUCCCAGCCUCCCAUCACCAGAGCUGCGGUUACAGACAGGUGGCCACUAUGCUCAGCUAAUUUUAUCCACUUUACACACCUUUACUCCAAAGCCGAAGAGGAAACGCUCUAGAAAAGCUUUCUGAGCCUUUGCCCACAGCCCCAGCACUGCUGUGGGCAAGUAACAAUAGCUGGGUCCAGGGCUCCAGACCUUAUCACGGAGAUGGGAACAGGAACUGACUCAAAAACCUCCAACCACGGGCCGAAGGAUUUCAAGCUGCAGACUCUAACAGCCCGAGGAGGAUAUCUUGGAGAGACUCCUCGCAGGACUGUUAGCUCUCGUCUGAGAAACCGUUAGAAUCAAUAAAUAAAUGGUAUGAAGAA